AUGGAUAAUACUUCUAACUUUCUACUUCUCUUCACUCUCUUCCAUUUUCUCUUCAUUGCACCCUCUUUCGCUCAACAAUCUUUCAGGCCAAAAGCCCUCGUUGUCCCCGUUACAAAAGAUGCAUCAACUCUCCAAUACGUAACUCAUAUCAACCAAAGAACCCCUCUUGUCCCACUAAAUCUUGUGCUUGACAUCGGAGGUCAAUUCCUCUGGGUCGAUUGCGAUAGCAACUACGUCUCCUCCACUUACCGCCCUGCACGCUGCCGCUCCUCCCAGUGCUCCCUCGCCGGAUCCACCUCCUGCGGUGACUGCUUCUCCGCCCCCAGACCCGGCUGCAACAACAACACGUGCGGCCUCACACCGGACAAUACAAUCACUCACACCGCUACCGGCGGUGAGCUCGCCCAAGAUGCCGUCUCCGUCCAAUCCACCAACGGCUUCAACCCGGGACGAAACGUCACCGUUUACCGCUUCCUCUUCUCCUGCGCCCCUACCUUCCUACUCCAAGGACUCGCCAGUGGAGUCUCCGGCAUGGCCGGUCUCGGUAGAACGAAAAUCGCGCUUCCCUCGCAGUUCGCUUCCGCGUUUAGCUUCCACAGAAAAUUCGCCGUCUGCCUCUCCUCCUCAAAGGGGGUCGCUUUCUUCGGCGACGGCCCCUACGUUCUUCUCCCCAACAUCGAGGCUUCUCAGUUAUUCACCUUCACGCCACUGUUGCUGAACCCCGUUAGCACCGCUUCCGCUUUCUCCCAGGGAGACCCCUCCGCCGAGUAUUUCAUCGGCGUGAAAUCCAUCAGAAUCGACGAAAACGCUGUGCCCGUUAACAUGACUUUGCUAUCCAUAAACAGCGACGGCGUUGGCGGAACGAAGAUCAGUUCCGUUAACCCUUACACUGUGUUAGAGGCUUCCAUCUUCAAAGCAGUGACGGAGGCUUUUGUAAAAGCAUCUGCUGCGAGGAAUAUAACGAGGGUGGCCGCAGUGGCGCCUUUUGAAGUGUGUUUCAGCAGUAAGAACGUGUUGAGCACGAGGUUAGGGGCGUCGGUGCCAACCAUUGAGCUUGUGUUGCAGAACCAGAACACGAUUUGGAGGAUUUUCGGAGCGAACUCAAUGGUGAGUGUGAGCGAUGAUAAGGUGCUGUGUCUUGGGUUGGUGAAUGGUGGACCGAAGCCGAGGACUUCCAUUGUGAUUGGUGGGUAUCAACUGGAGGAUAAUCUCUUGCAGUUCGAUUUGGCCACUUCAAGAUUGGGUUUCAGCUCAUUGCUCUAUGGAAUCCGAACUACCUGCGCAAAUUUCAACUUUACCUCCACCGCUUAG